UGCAACUUUUUCGAUUUUGCCAAACCAGCAAAACUCAAAAAAGGCUGGAAACUGUUUUUUCCCAAACGUUUUUAUUUGUUUCUUGUUGUAUUCACGAACAUUGAUAAUUUUAAAAAUUUAUUUUAUUACUGCAGAGCUGCAUGAUUUGCGAAAGCAGUGAUUGCUGUUGAUUUGUGCGCGAACUGAAGUAGUCACGUAGCGCUUGUCGAAAACAGGAGCAAAUCGUGGACAAGUGUCCGACAUCCUGUUUUGCUCUUUGUCCACGACGGGCUGUUAUUGUGGAGCUGAAUGGGAGCGCGCAAUUCGCACGAAGAGUGGGACGGUGACGGUGCGGAUCAGCGGAUGGACGAGGAGAGCGGCGGGGAAGGCGCUGCUGCCAAUGCCAACGCGAACGCGAACGCUCCAGCCAACAACGCGCCCGACAACGCUGCGGCGGACCGUCCCGCACUCGAGCCCCGCCGUCAUCAGGGCGGCCAGCGCGCCGUCGACAUUCUCAGUGCACUCGACUAUCUGUAUCGCACCGGGCAGCUGCGGGUGAUGCCCAGAAGAGGAAAUCGGGGUGACGCCGCAGAGCCAGCUACAACCCCGACGCCGCAGCAUCCGCCGGACACGACGGCCAUGGACAGGAGCGACUUCAAGCACCACGUGAUGCUGCGCAGCGGUUUGAUGGAGCCGCCGCCCACGGACUACCCGCGGGGGUUGGUGCCGCUGUUCGCCCUGCGCGAAUUCCGUCCAUUCCGCCCGGCCGAGAAGGUGCAGCUCAUGCAGAACCACCUGCCCAGUGUCGCCACGAAACUGAUGGAGCUGGAUGAUAAACUCUUCUGUGGUCUGCACAGUCUGGAUGGGAAUAUUCUGAUGUCGGCCGGACAGGAUCAGCGCAUCCGUCUCUUCGACACCUCCAAAUCCCACACCGUCCGCAGCAAGUUCGACGCGUUCCGCACCAUCGUGGCACGGGAUGUCGGCUGGAGCAUCCUGGAUGUGCGUCUGAGCACGUGCGGCCGUUUCGUUGCGUACGGGAGCUGGUCGGACGCCGUGCACGUGGCGUCCGUGCACAGCGACAGCGUGCACGUCGCGGUCCCGCUGAAUCCCGGCCAGCCCAGCACCUGCGGCGUCUUCUCCCUCAUGUUCUCCCAUGACGACCAGGAGAUCUUGUGCGGCGUGAACCAGGGCGACAUUUACGUGUGCAACCUGACGGGCCGGUCGCAGUGCAUCGUGGCGCACCAGGAGGACGUCAACUGCGUGGCAUUCGCCGAUCACUCCUCGCAGAUCUUGUACAGCGCCGGGGAUGACGGGAUAAUUAAAGUGUGGGACCGUCGGACGCUGUCCGAGAGCCGGCCGCGGCCCUGCGGCUACUUUGUCGGCCAUAAACACGGGAUCACUUUCUUGGAUCCGCAUUUCGACGGCCGUCAUGUCCUGUCCAACGGGAAGGAUCAGUGUAUCAAACUGUGGGAUUUACGCGCCUUUUCCCCACAGGAAGGCUUAGAGGAAGCGCGGAAGGCGGUGAACGAGAACCAGUGGGACUACCGCUACCGCAGUCGCCGGCCCAUGUGCACGCGCCGCCUACGCCACGACACCUCCAUCAUGACCUACACCGGGCACGUCGUCUCGCAGACGCUCAUCCGCGCCCGCUUCUCCCCCUUCGACAGCACCGCCUCGCGCUACAUCGUCACCGGCGACGCCACCGGGAUGGUCUACAUUUUUGAUUCACUGAGCGGAGAGAUUAUCAAGCGACUGCGGCAUCACGACAGUGUGGUGCGCGACGUGUCCUGGCAUCCGGUGCGGCCGGAAAUCGUCAGCACCAGCUGGGACGGAUGUCAGACGAUGUGGACGUGCGGCGGGGAGGAGGACGAGGAGAUGCUGACGGACGACGACGAUACGAUGCGCGGCCAGCUGAGCUCCGAUCCCUCCGACUCGGAGGAGUCCGGCUGAGAGAUCGCUCGAUGGUGUGAUCGUUGUUUCAACGCGGUGCUGCUUGCUUGUAUGUAUGAUAGACCUUGUGUUAUGCUAGCAGAAUUUAAUCAACGGUUUUUACUUUUCAAAGUCCUUUUAUCCACAGCAAUGCAAUGCCGACUUCGGCUUGUUUUUUUCCUCGCUUGAAACAGUGUACAUAGUUUAUAUUAGACAUUUCUUAAGUUUAAGCAGUCCGCAGAAAUUUUAAAUCGAAACUGGAAUAUGCAGAAUAAAUCAGAAUAAAUUUCUAUAAAAUCCG